AUGGAUAACUUCAUCGUAAGGAAGCGGCGGAGGACACCAUCCACGGCUACCAGCACAAGUUUAGGGGAUAUCCGCGAUGAUGAGCGUCUUAGCUCCGGGAAUCUUGACCAUGAGGAAGACGACUCAACAGACGUGAAACUGGCUAAACUGGCGUCUAUCUUUCCAGAUAUCUCGCCAGGUGAAUUAUUAGAUCUCCUCAUAGCCAAUGAAGGCUCUAUCGAGGCCACUACUUCAUCUCUUAUUGAGCAUGGUAUUGCAAGGAAGAAAAAUAAGCAAGUAACCAGCAACUCUGGGUCUAUCCAAAGCUCAUUGUCGUCUUACAGAAUACGGUUGAACUCUGACCGAGAAAUUAAUUCCCCUAGCCUUCUUCCAACUCGCAAAGGCAAAACUCUUCAUCUAUACUCUCCUGAUGAUAUAUCACGGUACACAUCCUGUACACUGAUACAUAACUUUCUCCCGCCAGCCGAGGCAACAGCUUUAUUGAAUGAGCUUCUAGAGGAGUCACGAACCUUUGCCCGGCAAAAGUUCCAACUAUUUGACAAUGUUGUAUCAAGCCCGCACUCUGCCGGGUUUUAUGUUAUGACGGAAGAAGAGCAAAAGGAACAACAAUCCCAGUACUCAUACUAUGGGAGCCUCAGGAACGAUGUUCGCAAAGUGACACCAGAACUGCGCCGAGUCUCGGCCAUCGUUAAGAAGACCGUGAACCAGGAAAUUGAAAAGCGAGUGAAGACAUUUUAUCCAAAUGGCAAAAAACUGAAAUACCAAUCUCCCAGGGAGUGGGAGCCAAAUGCCGCCUUCGUUAAUUGCUACGACGGCCCCACUGAGAGCGUGGGAUACCAUUCUGAUGAAUUGACGUACUUAGGGCCCAGAGCAGUCAUUGGUAGCCUGAGCCUUGGUGUCGCCAGAGAAUUUCGGGUGCGCAGAAUUGUACCCCCUGACGAGGAUGAGGAUGGAGAUGCCGAUAAAAAUAUCAACGGGGAACAUGGCUAG